AUGUCAAAGAAAGCAGCUACAACUGAGGAAGCCCCAAUUUUGUUGGGUAAGAUCGGUAACAACUUGCAGAUGGGUGUCGUCGGUAUGCCAAAUGUCGGUAAGAGUUCGUUGUUCAACAUUCUCACCAACAUGUCGAUCCCAGCCGAAAACUUCCCAUUCUGUACCAUCGAUCCAAAUGUCAGUCGUUGUGCCGUUCCAGACGAACGUUACGACUGGUUGUGCAGCGUUCACAAGCCAGCUUCAAUGAAGCCAGCUUAUCUCUCCAUCACCGAUAUUGCCGGUUUGGUAAAGGGUGCAUCAACUGGUGCUGGUCUUGGAAAUGCUUUCCUUUCACAUAUUCAAGCUGUAGAUGGUAUUUUCCAUAUGAUUCGUGCUUUUGAAAACGAUGAAAUCACUCACGUCGAAGAUACUGUAGAUCCAGUUAGAGAUCUUGAAAUCAUUGCCGGUGAAUUGAUUGCCAAGGAUAAGGAAUUCGUUGCCAAAACUUUGGAUACUUUGCAAAGACAACUCAAGAAUAAAACCGUCGACAAAGCAAAGCAAGUUGAAUUGGAUACCUACAACAAAUUGAUUGCACUUUUGGAUGCUGGAAAGCAAGUUAGAUUCGGACAAUACUCAAAUGCUGAAAUUGAACAUAUCAGAGAAUUGAGAUUGUUGACUGCUAAACCAGCACUCUAUUUGGUCAAUUUGUCAGAGGAAGAUUUUAUUAGAAAGAAGAACAAAUGGUUGGCCAAGAUCAAGACUUGGGUCGAUGCCAACGGUGGUGGACCACUCAUUCCAAUCUCUGUUGCUUUCGAGAAGUCUUUGGCAGAUUUGGCCACCGCAGAGGAGAAGAAGAACUUUGAAACCACCAAGGGUGCCGUCUCUGCACUUCCAAAGAUCAUCAAGACCGGUUACCACCACUUGCAAUUGACUCAUUUCUUCACCUGUGGUUCCGAUGAAGUUCGUUGUUGGACCAUUCAAAAGGGUACCAAGGCUCCACAAGCUGCCGGUGUCAUUCACAACGACUUUGAAAAAGGUUUCAUUAUGGCUGAGGUCAUGGGAUAUGCCGAUUUCGCUGAAUUAAAAUCCGAGGCUGCCUGUAAAGCCGCUGGAAAGUAUAGAAUGGAAGGAAAGAACUACACAGUCCAAGAUGGUGAUAUUUGCUUUUUCAAAUUUAACAAACCAAACGCUCCAAAGAAAUAA